CAGAUGAGAGAACGAUGGAUGCAAGAAGGAUUAGAGACUACAGGAAUAUAGUGUCAGAGUAUAAUCCGAUGAAAAGUGUAGGUGGUGGGGGAUACAUUCCCCAAAAAAUCAGCAUUCGCUUAUUUGGCAAAUUGGGACAUGGCAAAUCUACAUUUAUUAACAACUGCUUCUGUGUUGUGAAAGACAGCGAUUAUGAAAACUUUACAGGAGAAGGUCCUGCAACAGGUGGAGCUGUCAAUAGUCGGAUUGAAGCCCAUGACCUCACCAGCAAAGUAGAAAUUGUUGACAAUCGAGGGUUGAGGAAUCUGAAUGCGAGAGAAAUACAUGAAUGUAACAUGCAACUGGAUGGAGUUCGGAAAACCCAGACACAGGUUCACACCAAAGGUUGGGCUUCCUGGGCUUGGUUUCUGGAUCAAAUGAAAGGACGAGAAACAGAAUGGGCCGAGACAAUACAAGUUCCGAUCUUCAUUUACAGAGCGGAUAUGCCCAGGAUUCCGUCUGAAAUUGUCCAUCUUCGGCAGUUUGCAGACAACGCCUAUUACUACACUGGAAUCUAUCCUAUAAUUGUUUUGAUGAUGGCUGAGAAGAUGUCAGAGAACCUUGAUUCAGUCAGGGGCUUUUUUGGAAACCUCCACUGCACCGAUAUAUAUCCAGUAAAGAAUUAUCACGAGAAAGCAACAGAGAGGAACAUGGAAACAGACACAAUGAUUUUGGAAAUCCUUGUGAAGUGUCUGAAUCGUGCUGAUAGUGUCAUCAAAAGAAUUCAUCCUGACACAGUUAAACCAACUUGGUUCAAAUGAGAGGCUGGAGUUCACACAACAGUGGGCACAAAAGAAAUUGCACUCAAAAAUAGUCCAGCAGUAUAAUAGUAUAUGCUAUUCUGUGUCUAAUGAUGAUAGUUCAAUAUAUAACCAUUGACUUAUAUACUUCAAAUAAUGGUAUGAUUUUUUAAAA